UAUCUAUUUAUUUAUUUAUUUAUGUGUUUAUUUAUUUGUUUAUUUAUUUGUAUAAAAACGAGAACAACUUUCGACAUUUACAACAUUCAAAGUUCCUUCAAUGAUUCACCACUGAGAUUAGUUCAUGUAAUAACUACGUUCUUCGAUGUUCAAAAGGCUUCAUACAAUCGAUCAAAUGAUUCAUACAACCGAAUAAUUAAUAUUAGGCAUCAGUAUUGUCAUAAAGCAUAAUAUAUUGACUGUAAACGAAUAAAUAUUUCAGAUAGACAGCUUUUUUCCCCCUUUCUUAAUUUUAUCUUUUUUAGGGGGGGGGGGGUAAUUAGUAUGAAAUAGUCUAAAUUUAUUGAAUUCUGAUCUCUACGUGUAAUAUGCAUUUUUUUUUAUUCGUUAUACACGGGACCUGUUGAAUAGAAAUCAUAAAAUGGAUAGAAAUUCUUUACUUAUGAUGCAUUGUUACAAAUCAUAUUUGGGAGUUACCUCCCUUAUUAGAUGACGCUAGCGUUUGGAAAUGACGAAGAAAUUGAAAGCGUGCGAAAGGUCCAGAGGUACGGAGAUGUGGAUAUGUGAAGUAACAUUUUUGCGAAAAAUCGAAUUCAAAGAAUAGAAAUGUAAAAAGAUGAUGGAGAUAGAAUGGUGGAAAAAUAAAAUCUCGGAGGACAUUUAUGAGACUUUGCGUAGAAAGGAGCCGUUUCUGCCUACGUACCAUGGGCACUCUCCGCAGCUGUGGUUCAGGCGCCACCUGGUGGACUGGCUUGCCAUUGUGGUGGAGACCUUUUAUCUGAGUGCCGCAUCCCAACAUUUAGCUGUCUAUUUAAUGGACUAUUUUAUGGAUAAACUGGAGGUUGAUCAAAACCAUCUCUAUCUUUUGGCAAUGGCUUGUCUUUCUAUCUCAGUGAAAUAUGAGGAACAAUGUGAUCGGACUUUGAGGCUGGGCAGUAUGAAUGACAUGCUGCCCACACACAGUCUUCUGAAUGUGGGCUACUCCGCUGCUGAUUUGAUGAAUAUGGAGAUCACUGUGUUGAACUUCUUUGACUGGUCACUCUCGAUCCCAACAGUUGCUCAGUUUGUGCCAUAUUUUCUGGUGGUUGCAGUUGACGAUGGUGACCUGAUUGAUGGACAACCUCUGUUGUCAAAAACUGCUGUGGAGGAGUGUUUGGAGAGACACACAAAGUAUUUCAUUGAGAUUUCUUUGCAAGAUCACGUUUUUCGAGAUUACGCUUCCUCUCUGAUAGCAGCUAGCUGUGUCGCAGCCUCGCGUAUCUCACUGCGUCUAACACCGACUUGGCCACAACAGCUACAGCUGAUGACAGAUUACUUCAUUGAGGAACUGUUGCCCUGUGUUAAUGUGAUGCUGAGAUUUCAAAAGAAAGAUCGACAGCUUUCACAGUGUAAAUAUGUUUCGGCUCCUCAGUUCACCAUGGCAACUAAUCACUCUCUGUCAUACACCCCUGUUGGUUUCUACAAUGGCCAGCAGCAGUACUACCCAGCAACCUAUGCCAACCCUAAGAUGAUGGUUUCCCAAGAUGGCAAAUCGCAAUUGUACAUGAGUAGGGGGUCCUAACACCAGACAGAGUCACAGACAGUAUACAACCUAUGGUGCCAUAGUGAUUCAACGCAGUGCUAGGACGGAGUCACUUCCCUUGACGUUUGGUGCAGUUACCUUUUUUUGUGAUUUUGCUAUUUGAUGUAAAAUAAUGACACUCUGGUCAGUACCUGUGAUUUCUCAAACAUUUCUUUGUCUUUGUUCACCCCCAUAUUUGAGGUAAUUGUUUUGUACAUGUAGAUAUCACUGUUUCAAUCAAUUAAACUUGAAGACCAUUUUAUGAUUAACAAAAUUAUUCCUGACAUUGUAAACUUUUCAGACAGUUGAUAGAUUGUUGUAUGGUCUUUCAUUGUACAUAUGUUCCGUACAUAUUUUAAUUGUUUUAUUGUUGUGAAGACGUAACAUGCCACAUUGUCAAGAUCACAAUAUGUAUGCCCGAUGUGGUCCAUGGUUAUAUUUAUCAUUUACAAGUUUUACAUCAGCUUGCAUUACAGUCAGUGGUGCUCUGCUAAAUUUAGAUAGUGACCACAUUCACAUGUACAGUAUUGUCAGUAAAGGGAAAUAACUCUUGAACUGUAACACUUUCAGUCAACAACAUAUGUGAGUGUACUUUAGUGAGAAAGCAAGAGAGAGAUAAAAUAUUCAAAUUCAGGGAUUUUUGACUACUUUCUAUUUUACAUGUUCAAUGUUUUUGUCAGGUUGUCAAUGAUUUGUUAAAAGUGCAUAUAAUGUUUGUUGGAAUAAAAGAUAGUUUUAUCAAA